AUCUGGAUUUAGUUAAACUUUUUUUUAAUUUGUGUUUUAAUUCUUCACAGCUACGUAUCAGUCAUGAAGCCAAAUCUUUUCUGUCUCCUGUGUCUAAGUGGAAUCCCCAUUGUCCUGUCUGUCCCUCGUAAGUACUAUCUGAUCCAGCAGGGGAGACAAUGGAUUGAUGCUCAGGCUUACUGCCGAGCCACAUACACUGACUUGGCUACUAUCGAAACCAAUGACAGCAUGGUCCAACUUCAGAAUGAAGCACAGAGACAACAAUUCAGUUCCAGCGCUUGGAUUGGACUGUACAAUGACAUCAACAGCUGGCGCUGGUCUCUUGGAAAUGAGCCAUUAGGAAUAAUGAGCGACUGGGCAGCAGGAGAGCCCGACAAUGCAGAGGGACAUGAAGCGUGUGCUGCGACAAACCCAGACAUUUGGUUUGAUGUUGAUUGUGCAGUAAUAUUCCACUUUGUGUGCUUUGAUGACAGGAACAAUGGCACUGCCAGGUACAUUUACGUAUCUGUUUAUAAGACAUGGAGUGAAGCUCAGAGCUACUGCAGACAGAAUCACACAGACCUGGUCAGCGCAAGGGACACAACAGAAAACUCAGUUAUCCAGAGAAUGAUCUCCGAACCCAUAUGGUUUGGCCUGAUCAGAGACUCCUGGAAGUGGUCAGACCAAACGAACCUCUCCACUGUUAGCUGGAUGCCUGGAAAACCUGACAAUGCUUUGAGUAAUGAAAAUUGUGGUUAUUUGUACAAUGGUCAGGUCGCUGACGCACAGUGUUCAGACAUUAUGCCUUUCUUCUGUUACUCAGUAAUCACUGGCAAAAAACAAAUCAUUAGAGUGCAGGUCCGGUCUAGUCCGGAUGCGAAUGAUCCUGCAGUAACGGCAGCCACCUUGGAGAAGAUCAAGCAGAAACUAAAGGCUCAUGGGAUGGCAGAGAACACCAGGAUAAAAUGGAGACAACAACCAGAUGGAGUGGUGUUUCACAAGGCGAAAUAACAUAAAUAUAACUCUACAAAAUAAU